AUGGCGGGACCGGGAUAUGACCGGGUCGAUUCCAAAGACGACGAACCCCCCAACAUCCAAAUACCGUCCCGCACCUACGGCUUCCCACCAGAAGCCUUCGACUGGAGCCGCCUCCCAGAUUUUGAUACCAACUUUCUCCCCCCGGAACAUGUCGAAGCUUUUAUCCAGGCCCUUUCGGCGCCAGACCCGAUCCCCCCAACCCCCGACGGCGGCGCCACCGGUUCCUCCUCGUACCGUCUAAACAGCCCGGCAUGGCAUCGGGGCUCAACGACCAGCUUCGAUCUCGACUUGGCCAGACGUCCCGAAUCCUCGGGCGUGGGCUUCCACGAUGAGGACCGCACCGCGAGGGACAGCCCAGCCGGCGCCGCCACAGCAGCAGCAGCCGGCGUGGCCACCCCCGGACCACCACUAAGCCGUCGAGCCAGCUCCAACAGCCUCUUCAUCUCCGCACGGAACGACUGGGCGCCCAUCUCCCAAAGGCGGGUAGCCCGCGCCAAGACCGCGCCGCAGUCGUCAUCACGAAACGACAAGAAAAAGAAGCGCGCCCGCUCCAAGGACGAGACCCGCGAGGGGUAUCUGUACCCGCUGCUCAAGUGGCCGCUGCUCGGCGUCGUCACCUGCUGGCUCGUGGGCCUCUCGGUCGUGCACGUCCUCGCCCGCCUGUACAUCACCGUCUACGAGCGGUACUGGGCCUGGCGCGGCGAGCGGGGGCGUCUGCGCCGUGCCAUGCGCGCCACGGCACGCUACAGCGACUGGGUCGCUGCCGCCCGCCGCAUGGACGACUUCUUGGGGAAUGAUAGCUGGAAGGUGGAUGACGCGUUCGCCUACUACGAUAACAAGACGGUGAGGCGCGUGUUGGCGGAGAUGAGGCGAUCUCGGCGCCGCGCGGAGGAGGCGGGCGGGAGGGACACGGAGCAGGGCAGGGAGGCGAUUGAGGAUCUGAAGGUACUGAUCGAAGCGUGCGUCAAGAAUAACUUUGCGGGCAUAGAGAAUCCGAGACUGUAUAGCCAGACAUAUUAUGGGACGAAGAAUCUGGUGCAGAAUUUUAUUGAUGAAGUCGAACGAAGCCUCAAGUUCCUCGUCGAAACCGAGAGACUCUCAAAGGAGGAGAAACGCGUCAUGUUCAAGGGCAUCUGUGCCAACUACGGCCGCACGGCACUAUGCUUAUCCGGGGGCGCAACCUUUGCCUACUACCACUUCGGCGUCGUGAAGGCGCUACUCGAAGAGGAUUAUCUCCCCGACAUCAUCACAGGCACGAGCGGCGGGGCGUUGGUAGCGGCUCUCGUAGCCACGCGCACCAACGAAGAGCUCAAGGAGCUGCUCAUCCCCGCGCUCGCCUGCCGCAUCACGGCGUGCCGCGAGCCCAUCAGCGUCUGGUUCCGGCGCUGGUGGGCGACGGGGGCGCGCUUCGACUCGGUCGACUGGGCGCGCCAGUGCGCCUGGUGGACGCGCGGGUCGCUCACCUUCCGCGAGGCCUACGAGCGCACGGGGCGCAUCCUCAACGUCUCGUGCGUGCCCGCCGACCAGCACUCCCCCACCAUCCUCUGCAACUACCUCACCAGCCCGGACUGCGUCAUCUGGUCCGCCGUGCUGGCCUCCGCCGCCGUGCCGGGCAUCCUCAACCCGGUCGUCCUCCUCAUGAAAACCCGCUCCGGCCAACUCCUCCCCUACUCCUUCGGGCACAAAUGGAAGGACGGCUCCCUGCGCACCGACAUCCCCAUCAAGGCCCUCAACCUCCAGUUCAACGUCAACUUCACCAUCGUCAGCCAGGUCAACCCGCACAUCAACCUCUUCUUCUUCUCCUCGCGCGGGUCCGUCGGCCAGCCCGUCACCCACCGCCGCGGCCGCGGCUGGCGCGGCGGCUACCUCGGCACCGUCCUCGUCCAGUUCACCAAGCUCGACCUCACCAAGUGGCUACGCGUGCUGCGCAGCCUGGAACUGCUGCCGCGGCCCCUCGGCCAGGACUGGAGCCUGCUGUGGCUGCAGGACUUUGGCGGCACGGUCACCGUUUGGCCCCGCUGUCUGCUGUCGGACUUUGCGCGCAUCCUGAGUGACCCCGACCCGGCGCGCUUGGCGCGCAUGAUCCAUGAGGGCCAACAGAGCGCGUUUCCGAAGUUGAGGUUUGUGGCGAAUCGGCUGAGGGUGGAGAGGUUGGUGGAGAGGGGGCGGCGCGAGAAUAGGCGUGGGGGUGGGCUUGGUGAUGGGGGGGUUGGUAGCAGUGGUGGUGCUGGUGGUGGUGCUGGUGGUGGUCAGGCUGAGGCUGUUGCGGGCCAGGCGGCGGGGCCGGGGACGGGGCAACGGAGACCGAGCUUUGAGAGUAUACUCAGUGAGGACGAUUUGAGGAGUUUGUUGAAGAAGCGUAGGGUGGAGAGGGGUGGGAUUGGCAGCGGCGAGACGGAGUCGGAGGACGAGACGUCGGAUUUGGAUGCCGAUUUCUACGAGGGCAUCACCUAUGAUGGUGGGGAUGAUGAUGCCGGGCUGGAGUUUGGGGCGGCGGGGAUGAGACAGCCUGGUGUUGCCACGCCGGCGGGGUUGGGCGGUGUUGAAAGGGGAGAUUUGAGUUGA